UCGCACUUAAAGACUCCUAAGAUGUGUCACAGAGCGGCUCCAGCGCCUUCGAGGAACGCGGGGGUGCUGGAAAACCCCGCGGGUAUCCCCUCUGGGGCGGCUGGAGGGACACCCCCCCCCAAACCCAUGGGCAAAGCUGCCCUGAACCACACGUAACAUCGAGGGGAUUUUCCACACGGUUUUGUUUCCCUUCCACUUUCUAGCACAGCAAGAAGCACAUUGCCGUUUGUUUGGCAGGACAGAAAUAAAACGCCUUUAAGCACGUUCUCAAUGAGGCCACCUGAGGAUGAAUGAACUCCACUACCUUGCUAGUUUCGGUGGUUUGAGACUGACAAAGCUCAAAGCUGCUCCCACGAACUUGUUUGUAUCCUCUAACGAUGCUGGAACAGUGAAACAAGACACUGGGAUGUGUCCAGAAUCACACAGAGAUGAGCGGGUGGAUCAGCGAACCUGCCUGAUCUGCGGGGACAGGGCGACGGGGCUGCACUAUGGGAUCAUCUCCUGCGAGGGCUGCAAGGGCUUCUUCAAACGGAGCAUCUGCAACAAGAGGGUCUACAGAUGCAGCCGGGACAAGAACUGCGUCAUGUCACGCAAACAGCGCAACAGGUGCCAGUACUGCCGGCUGCUCAAAUGCCUCCAGAUGGGAAUGAACCGGAAAGCAAUCAGAGAAGAUGGCAUGCCAGGAGGCAGAAACAAAAGCAUUGGACCUGUCCAGAUAUCAGAGGAAGAGAUUGAGAGAAUUAUGUCUGGGCAAGAAUUUGAGGGAGAGGCAAACAUGUCAUGGAGCAACAACGGAGACAGUGACCAUAGUUCCCCUGGAAAUGGAGUUUCUGAGAGCAACCAGCCUUCACCUGUUUCUACGCCAUCUUCAAGUAGGUCCGUGGAGCUGAACGGGUUCGCCGCACUCAGGGAUCAGUACAUCGGCACGCCGGUGUCCACGCACUACCAGUACCUCCCGCACCUUUUUAGCUACUCUGCUCACUCGGCCCUGGUGCCCCCCCAGACACGCAGCCUGGACCCCCAGUCUCACAGUCUGAUCAACCAGCUGGUGUCUGCCGAGGACCUGGAGCCGCUGGGGACGCCGAUGCUCAUCGAGGACGGGUAUAAAGUGACCCAGGCAGAGCUGUUUGCAUUGUUGUGUCGUCUGGCGGAUGAAUUGCUUUUCAGGCAGAUUGCUUGGAUCAAGAAGCUGCCGUUCUUCUGCGAACUCUCCAUCAAGGACUAUACCUGCCUGCUCAGCUCUACGUGGCAGGAGCUGAUCCUGCUCUCCUCCCUGACUGUUUACAGCAAGCAGAUCUUCGGUGACCUGGCAGAUGUCACCUCCAAGUACUCUCCCUCUGACGAUGAGCUGCACAGAUUCAGUGAAGAGGGGAUGGAGGUGAUGGAGCGCUUGAUCUACCUCUUUCGCAAAUUUAACCAGCUGAAGGUCAGCAACGAGGAGUAUGCCUGUAUGAAAGCCAUCAACUUCCUCAAUCAGGACAUCAGGGGGCUGACCAAUGCAUCCCAACUGGAGCAGCUGAAUAAGCGGUACUGGUACGUUUGCCAGGACUUCACGGAGUACAAAUACCCACACCAGCCAAACCGCUUCCCGGAUUUAAUGAUGUGUUUGCCAGAGAUACGAUAUAUUGCAGGAAAAAUGGUGAAUGUCCCCCUGGAGCAGCUGCCUCUCCUUUUUAAGGCUGUUCUACAUUCCUGCAAGACCAGUGUGAGCAAAGAGUGAGCCCAGCUGGCCCUGGCCGGUGCCUUACGCUGUGAGCUGGCUCACCCUGGGAGAGGGGCAAACGCCAUCCAGGCAGGAGAUGGGGCAGGGGCGUCCCUGCCCUUGUAGCAAGAGUCUUUUUUGUUUGUUUUUGUUUUUUUACUCUUUUUCCUAUAUAUUUAUUUCACGACAGAGUUGAAUGUAUGAUCUUCAACACGAUGCACAUGGUUCUGUAGGAAUGCAGCAGAUGCAUUCUCCAGCGGUUUACAGAAUGUGAAGAUGUUUAAUGUUACAGUGUUUGUUAGGGUUAGUUCUUUUGUAUUUGAGGCUGGGGACCGAGAUGACUAAGACUACCUCAAGGAGAAGAUGCUGUUCAUGCACUGCUCUUUCCAUGAUUUAUAUCCAAAAGCAUUUGUCGUAGAGAGCAAACGGCCUCACUGCGUCGACAGAGCUGUUAGUAUCCCAAAGGGACGACUUUGGAGAAGUGGGUAAUAGAGAAGUGCCAAGCUUUUUUCUUUAAAUUUAAUUUUAAAAAGGCAGGGAGCGGAGAAGAAGGAGAAGUCUGUCUGGGCAGUGGUUUCUUUUCCCCCGGCAGUUUCCAGACGCAGGUUUCCCAGUGGGAUGGCAGUGUCUGGAACUGAGAGGGGCUUGCUGCCCCUGUCCCCCUCUGGGGAGCUCUGGGCAGGAGUCUGCCCCAGCCCCUCCUGGCCAGCUGCCCUCUCACUAUUCCCACAAUACGUUCCAAUUCCACUGAAAUUUUGUUCCUGCAGUUCGUAGCAGGCUCCUGGCAUUACACAAAGGUGCUCUUGUUGCUAGAGAACUGCAAGUACUUUCUCUUCACUUCCUUAACAUCCAUUUUAGAUUCACAAAAGCAGGAAAAACCUACUUAGAGAAGAGUCAGGAUUGCCCCCCUUCUUGUGUUCAUCUGAGGUGGUACCUGACUCUUGAGGCUUCUGCAGUGCAGCAGUCCCCAUUUCUGGGAGCAGUUCAUGUACCCUGUGCUUAAAUGUGACCUGUGUAAUGGGGUGAGGGACUCCAGUGUCAUCUGGCAUGGCUUUCUCUGCUGGACGCAGGGAAUGUGUGUUCCGUAGUUUCAUCCUGCCAGGACUGUUCUGCUGCUUGUGGAAUCUCAGGAAAAACAACAUUACUGCAGUCCUUGGUGACCUGCUCUGUCCUAGAUAUUGCAAGGCUUGGAUUUUCUAUCUCGCAAGCUCCCCCCCCUCCAGAUGGAGAACUGGUUUGAUGGCAACUGAUUAGUUGAUGGAGUGAUUGCUGAGUGCUGGUGUUCAGCUUAACUUGGGCAUUCUCAUGAGUGAUCUCAUGGCUUCCUGCUCGUGGUGGGGAGGUUGGAUGAGAUGCUCUUGUUCUCAUCUCCUGCAGUAGAAAUUAAUGUUCAAAGACUCAGUCACUCUCCUAGACAGUCCUGGCUAGAUUUCCCUCCCUGUCUCCUUAGAUGUAGAUCUGACAUUCGUGUAGCAAGAUGGUUCAUCAACAAUUGUUUGAAUACUGAUUUAAAAAUAUCUGGGGAAACAGCUUCUGACCCUUCAGGCCGGAGGGACGAGUCGCUCCCUUUUCGCGUUGCCCCGAUGACAGCGUGGCACAGGGCGAGCACAGCCCGGGGGGCUGCAGCUGCCGUGGAUGAAUGUGGUGGUGAACAGGAGAAAAAUCCCACUCACCAAAGUCGUCUUCCCCUCCCUCCCUCCCUCCCUCCCUCCCCCUGGCCCAGCGGGUGCUCCCUGGGUUGCAGCCCUUGGCACACGGUGACCCGCUGGCUUGGCACGUCCUGGUCAGGCCGCGGCGGUGCCGGUGGCCGCGCUCACCCCGCACCAGGGGCCCGCUGCUGGCUGAGCACCCCGCUUGGGCAUCUUCCAGCUCGACGGUUUCCCUUUUCUAAAAGUCCAUAGCUGCUCGUUUUUCAUUAUUUAAACAGGAUGUUACGGGUAACAGCUGCUGGGCCCAGCAGCAGCUCAGCUCGAUGGAGCUUCACACCCAAAGGUGGUUCCGUAAAUCUCAUUUACUUUGACAGUACAAUGAGACACACGUGUAUUCUCAGGAAAGCCUUCUGCAUACAGCCUAUACCUCACGUGUACAGGGGAAGAUUGUAGUGUACCUGUUUGUAAGUUAGAAAGUAUUUCUCAGCUUUUAAUUUCUGAAUAGCUUGAUAUGAUCUUUUUAUUACGGGUUAUUUCUGGCUUGUUUUUUUAUACACUCAAGGAAUUGUUAAAAUUGCAUAGGAGUAAUUUUAUUCUACAGUUACUGAAUUAUUAUUAUCUGUUGAUGAAUAAGUGUUUUAAUUAGUGUACAUAAAAACAGUCAUCUUAUUGCCAGCUAUCCAACAAAAUAAUCUAUUGGGUAAUCUGUGGUUUUCCAAAAUAGCCUCCCAAGACUAAUGCUGUACCAACAACAACCAAAAACCUAAAUUCAGUUAUGAUGAUGAACGGACAUGAAUGUUCUACUUUCUGUUGUAGAAAGCAAAUUUUCCAAAGGUUGAUUGGCAGCAGUAUCCGUUCCCAAGUACUCAUUUGCUGUAGGGAGUAGAAAAUCCUUCCUGAACUGACAGGUAAGGAAGCAGCAAACAGAACAGAAUCACUGGACAGUCAUUCCUGAUAUCUUCUGCACCAAGUCCUCUAACGACUUGUAUUUUUUAAACAGGGUAAAGUGAAUGUGUUGCAUUGCAAACUCAGGUAUUAUGAGAAGGUAGGAGUGUAGCUAGAGAUGUAGAGACAUUAGGUCAGUCGCUAGAUGUAUUUGUGAAUUUGGUUUGAAGGACACCCUGGAAAGGUUGGAAUUUUUGUUCCAUUCUUCACGUAACAUUCGGUUUACAGGGACUCAUAUUUUAUUUGUGCUUAAUGCUAGUAGGGGGAAGUUCAUUAUCUUAGGUAUCUAUCUGCUCUUGCUUAUCUGACCUUCUGUCAUAGAGGAAUCAAUCAACAAUAAUAGUCUUUGGUAGAAUUUUCUGCCAUGACAAGUCAAUUUUUAUCCCCGAUUUGAAAGAUAAAUUGGCUGGCUGACCCCCUCCUCUCCUUCGAAGCGUCUGUGCAGAUGGAAAGCUGAAGAGUUACUUUUAAUCCGAGCAGAGAUUUGGGACAUAAAUCUGAAGCUUUCGGGCUCACGUUCUCGGAGGGUUGGUGCUGAGGGGUCCUUGCUGCUGUUGUGCAGUUUGAAGGUGUCCCCAUGCCAGGAGUGGAGCAGGACCUGCUGCCACUGGCUGAUGGGGGGAGUGUGAGACCCCGGGGCCUCAACAACAGCUUUUGGAAGGUGCCUGAGUUUUCUUCCACUUGAGCUCAGGCUCCUGCUGGGUAGCGAGUCCUUGUCCUCAACAUGUCCAGCCCUGCAGGGGGGCAGGGGAUGAGGGGCAGCCAGGAUGCUUGGAGGUGCUGGGUACCCCAAAGCUGCUGGGCUCUGGGCACGGCAGAACUGCUGCGGCAGGAGCUCACUCUCCUCUGCUUUGCCCGUGCAUCAGAUACUGUUCAGUUGUGAAUUGUGCCAGUGACCUCCAUCUUUCUCCUUCGUGCCCACCACGCUCUGCAGAGGCACUGUGUGCUUUGGGUCAUCAGGGAGCAGCUCUGGACUCCUCUGUAACUCUUAAAUCUGGAGCUUUAAUUCUUAAACCUUUUGCCAUCUCCCGUCGCACACAGAGCGCGGGGGGAACGCGGCGCUCCCAGGGUGAGCCGUGGUCAGUGGGAUCACCAGCCAGUGCAGGUGAGCUGCUGCCCCAGUAACACCCGUGUUCCCAGUGCUGGGGUGUUGCUUUGAGAGCAAGGGGUCCCAGUGGUGUGAACAGGGCUCCUGGACUGCUCUUGCUUGCCAAGGGAGGCCUGGGUGGCCGUGUCACCACCCUGCAAAGGCUCAGGUGCCACUCGCUGCUGUCCCUCCUGUGCCACACGUGGCAGGAUCUGCCCUGGCUCUUCAGGUUUCUGCACAGACCCACAGCCACCUCAGGUUAAGCAGUUCAAGUCUUGUCCUUCAAACCAACUUUUUUUAAAAAAACUUGAAUUCUUUUACCUUUACUACAUUUUUUAAAAGCUAAAAAAGGAAAAAAAAAAAGAUUCUCCUGUGAAUGUGCUAUUUCCCACUCGUUCUUUCUUCCUUCUUGGUUUUGAUUUGAAGCUAUGAAGCUCGGUGUCUGUGAAAAUGUUGUUAUUUCUCAGGAUAAUAAGCGGCAAUCAUCCCUGCCACGUGAAAGGCAGGAGAAAGGGGGAAACUUGGGGAACUAGUUUAAGUAUGAAACUAAUUUUUAAGUUGUAGAUGAUGUGUAAAUGGAGGGAAAUGCAUAGCUGUCAGUGUCAAGCUGUGGCGUUUCUCUGGGUUCACGGUGUGUUGUUUCAAUACACAGAAGCUCAGGGAUAAGUAUUUAAAAUGUGACCCAGAGAAACCCUAGUUUUGAUGUUGCAACAGUUGCUUCUUUCGUGACUUGUCUGAGAGCUGACCAAAGCCCCAUAUGGAGAUUUUGGAGGAAAAGCUUUAGGUUUGGCUGUGAGAAGUUUGCCUGCUGAAGGCUCAGGUGUGGUCCUAUGGGCAAGCACCCCAAAGGUGUGUGGUGCUGCCAGCACAUCAGCUCCUGGGUCUGGGGGAGAUUUGUCUCUAUUUCUGCAUUACCUCAUCCUUCUCCUUUGGUGUUAAACGUGUUUGAGUGCUUGUGGAAAAGGGGAAACGGGAAUUUCUCAUUGUGUCCCUGGCAGCCAAUCCCAGAGCUCUGUACUCUGUUUGUUGCUUAUGAAUUACAGCAUCUUAAUUUUCCUCAGUACAACUUUCUCACCAUGGUCAGAAGGUUGUAGUCAAAGUCAGACUGUUUGAGAAUGGACACUCGUAGCAGCUCUAAUCCACCAGUACCUAACGGCCUGUCCAGCCAUGGGCAGGGCCAGCACUGAGCCAAAGGCAUUGAAAGUUUGCAGGGCUGAAACUCCCCUCCCAACACCCUCAGCCAGGAUCUGCAAAUUGGAGCUUAAACGGGCCCGCAGAAAUCAGGGGAGGCCAAUCUAGGCAGUGUCUUCCCCUUGGAAAAAAACUUAAAGAUUAUAAAUAGCUCCUGUAAGCUGCCUCUGACAAGUCCAUGAAAGAAGCAACAUGGUUCAGUGGAAGAAAAGCCUCCAAGGGCAAAAAGAAACAGAAAUUGAAACCAGAUGACGAUCAACCUUAACAAAGCCUUUUGUGAUUCAUUGUUUUCUUUCAAUUUAUAAAAUGUCUUGUAAUAGUUGAUAACAUUAUUGACUCAAUUUCCAUAACUAAACUACCUCGUGUGACAUCCUGUUUAUCAUCGCAAAGGGAUUGUGUGAAAAACUAAACACUGUCAGUGUCUGUUGCCAGCGAGGAACAGGGGCUGUGAUGGCUGAAAUUGUGACUCCCUCCUUGUGGGUGUCCCUCCUGGGGAGGUCGUGGCUCAUGUUAGUUUGGUUUUUGUUGGUGCCCAUCAAGCCACGGGCCUGGUUCCAGCUCAGUCCUGGUGCAGAGGGUGUGUUUGUGUCCUGGGCCCUCACAGCUCCUUGCGUGUCCGUCCUGGGCAGCCUGGGGAGGCAGCGGGUCCGGUUUGCUGUGUGUGCUUGUGUCGGCCCCUCGCUGGCUUGUGGGAUGAUUCCGGGAGGGUUGGUCCCGGUUGUCAGGUCCUUCUGCUGAUGUCCCAAGUGAUGGUUUCUCCUAUUCAUUUUUCCCACAAUCCCUUGUGUAAAUCAGGGAAGCAGGAUGUUGCCUCGGCAUGACACACGGUGAACAUUGGCACACUGGGAGCCGGGGCUGGGGCAGGACAGCAUGUCCAGCCGGUGCCGCCCUGGCCCCGUGGCCCGAGGAGGAGCAGGCCCCGUGCUGUACCCGGGAGCUGCCCCUCGUCACUGCUAUGACCAAAUGAAUGUCUGUGCCGGCGUGUCCGGGCGCGCCGUGGCACCGUCCACACCAGCCCGACCUGCCCCUGCUCCGCUGCUCUGCUCUGGGACUUGACUACCUGUGGAAAUGUGACCAAUAAGUGUUGAAUGCAUGUUUAGUGAGUGUUUAGCUGUAUGAACUAAUAAAUGUGAAUUGUUCUGCA